AUGAAGGAUUAUGCCAAAAGCAUUACUUUUCUGGGUCAGUGGGGACUUUUUCAAAAGGUGAUCUUCUUCCUGCUCUGUGCCAGCAUCAUUCCCAAUGGAUUUGGUGCCUUCACGCUCGUGUUUCUGAAUGAUACACCACCUCAUCGCUGCUUUGUUCCUGAGGUUAACUUGACCGAGGACUGGCGUCAAGCCAUUAUACCUAUACAGGUGAUCAAUGGGAAACAGGAGCAGAGUAGUUGCAGCAGAUACCGGCUGGAUGUAGUCCAAAACCUCUCGGCUCAUGGUUUCAUUCCAGGCAAGGACGUGAACGUCACUGAGCUGCAGCAGGAGGACUGUGUGGAUGGAUGGAGCUACAGCAAAGAUAUCUAUCAAUCUACCAUUGUCUCAGAGUUUGACCUGGUGUGCAGUGAACAGUGGAAGCAGCCCUUCACCUCCACAGUUUUCUUUAUUGGAGUUCUUCUUGGAUCCUUCUUCUCAGGACAGCUGGCAGACAGAUGUGGAAGGAAACCUGUGCUUUUUGCAACCAUGGCAGUUCAGACGCUGUUCACCUUCAUUCAGAUCUUCUCCGUCUCGUGGACAAUGUUCACUGUCCUCCUCUUCUUCAACGGUUUGGGGCAGAUGUCUAACUUUAUAGGAGCUUUAGUCCUGGGUGCUGAGACUUUGAUUGGCAAUGUGCGAGUCCUGUACUCAUCUUUAGGCACAUGUUUGGGCUUUGCCAUUGGCUACAUGAUGCUGCCUCUCUUUGCUUACUUUCUGAGGGAUUGGAAGUCUCUUUUAGUGGCACUGACUGUGCCAAGCCUGGCCUACCUCCCCCUCUGGUGGUUCAUCCCAGAAUCUCCUCGAUGGCUGCUUUCUCAGGGAAGAGUGGAGGAGGCCGAGGCCAUAGUAAAAAGAGCUGCUAGGUGGAACAAAGUUCAGGCUCCGAGGGUGAUUUUUGAAGGUUAUAGUGUAAGUACAGAAGAAACCCCUAAACAAAGCUACAAUGUGCUGGACUUGCUCAGGAAAACUGAAUUCAGAGUACUGACUCUCAUUCUUUGCUUGGCGUCAUUUUCUAUGGUUCUUGGAUACUAUAGCUUGUCCUUCAACACAUCCCAGCUCCAUGCAGACCCCUACAUCAGUUGUUUUAUCUCUGCAGCUGUUGAGGUUCCAGCUUAUAUUUCUAGCUGGUUGGCUCUGUUGUACCUCCCACGACGAGUGUCUGUCAUCUCUUCCUUGAUGCUUGAAGCAGUGCCACUUUACCUCAUUCAGCUUGUGCCUGAAAGUUUACCAAAUCUGUCUCUUGCACUAGAGAUGUUUGGUAAAUAUGCAAUCACCACUGGAUCCUCCCUGAUGUUUGCCUACUCUGCUGAGCUCUACCCUACAGUGAUCAGGAACACAGGAACAGGGACAUGCAUCACAGUUUCCAGAUUAGGCAGCUGCAUGGCACCAGCGUUGCUACAGCUGGGUACAUACUUUCAGUACCUUCCUUACAUCAUAUUGGGAACUCUGGCUACUGUGUCUGCCUUUUUGGCUUUCUUCCUGCCAGAGAGUUUUGGAAAACCUCUCCCUGAAACAAUUGAGCAGAUGGAGCAAAGAAAAAGAAUGAAGUGUCCAUGCAUCCCUGGAAACAAAGCCCCAAGAACACUGGUACCCCUGGACGAUCCACUAUGA